UGCAUUAUUGUCUAAUACUCAAACAGCUCACCCAUGUAGUCUUUCUGUCGGUAGAGCCUGCUGUACGACUCCAACAAACCACAUCAGCAAAAGCCGUCUCACGGGUUGCAGCAGCACAAACAAAAGCAAACUGCUCAACCACACCUCAACGGCGCCUGUCAAACAAUCAUGUUCGAGACACGGCAUGCGGCAGACCGCUACCAUCUCCGCCUCCACCGCGCACGCUCAGUAAUCCUCACAAAUACCGAGUUGGUCGAAAUUCGCGCUGCCCAGCGCACCUUUGAGGGCGCAUAUAUACGAACUUCAUUGGGUCAAUUCUCAUUUGCUCUGGUGGUUCUGAAGAUUUUCACGGCAGAGUUCUAUAGUAUAGGGGCUUUGUUCGCAAUCUAUGGAGCUGGCGUGUUGGGAGUGAGCGCGUUUAGACGGAUGCAGGGGAACAGACAGUUCUUUUCUGAAGUUGGUGAGGAUGGGCUGAGGAGGAAGAGGUUUAGGACUAGUGGAAAUGUUGUGGUAGUUUUGACUGCAUUGAGUGUCGCGAGUUAUAUAUGUUUGCUGGUGCUCACUUUGAGACUGUAGAGUAGCAUCUACUUGUCGAGCGAUGGACAAGCAAAGUGGACUAUGAUUAAUGAACAAC